UCGACAGCAACAUCAUCAUUCCAGCCAUCGACAGCGUCAGGAGCCCAGCCCACCCUUGGUGGGAGUCUCCCCUUUCGCUUUGCCGGCGUCGAUGACGCAGACACCCAGUAUGCAUCUGCUGGAGAACAACAACCUGGUGGAGGUUGCGAUGGCUCAACAACAACAGUCUCAACAGCAGAUGCAGCAACAACAGAAGCAGAAACAGACCAGUCCAACGAACAACAAUACCAUAGAAGCCUGGAGAUCGAUUCAGGGUGGACACCAAUGGUGGAGCCCGCCCAGUAGCGUGCAUCAGGAUCAGCAGCAAGUGUCUCCUAUCGGGCAAGUCAGCCAACCGCAAAGUUUAAUAGCUGCCGCGGUAUGCGGACAGACCCAGAGACAGUCGCAGAUCCAUUCGGAGAUCGAUCAGCCCCUUGACUUUUCCGUUGGCUCGCUCCAACAACAAAGGCUGCACUCUAGAGUGAGGACUAUCCACGAGAGGCUUCAGAGUCGGAUGCACGAUAACAACAACGGCACCGGCGGACCCGAGAAGAACGUACGGAGGACCGGAAGCAGGCGAAGUUACAGUCCAAGCGAGGGUAGCAGCAGCAGCAGCGAGGACGAAGGAGUCUCCACUGGUGGCAGUCCUUCUGGACCACUUCGAGGCACCGAAAACGACUCCUGCGAUCCGGUUGCGGACCGACCUUAUGGUAAAGUUUGGAUAGGCGAUAACGAGGUCGCGUGGCGGACCGAGCAGUCUUUCAAGAGGACCUCACCCCUAAAUCCCUGCGCAACCACGACCACAACCACGACGACAGGUGGCGGAACACCGGCACUCCCCCACCUGUCACCACCCAUAGCCGCCCCCGUGACCACUCCCGAUCACAGAAGCCCUAGUAGCCUCCACGUGAAACUCGGCAUCUCUCCUGCCAGCGACGCGCUCGGCCGAAUCGAUAAGGAGCCAGCCUCGCCGGAAUCCAUACAAGACGCAGACCUCCACGGCGAUGUGGACGGACAAGAACUCAGCGGCGACGACAGAAGUAUCGUCAGUGACAUCCAGGAUGCCACCGAGGCGAACCUUGACCAUGAUUCCAUGGACUCGGACAGGGAAGCUCUCAAUCUGGUCACGGACGUGUCGCACCGCAACAGCAGCAGCGGUACCAGCGGCAGCGCAUCGUCGCCCAGUUCCGGGAUCAGCAGCCAGAUAACCGGAAGUCAUCAGCAACAACAGCACACGGCCAGUCAGCAGAACAAUAGCAACUCGCAGGCGGCGCUCGCCGCUCAAUUGGUCAGCCAGCAGUUGCUGAUGCACGGCUCGUUGGGCGCUCUAGGCCCGCAAGAGAUCCAAGCGUUGGCCUCGACCCUGCAGCAACAGCAGCAAUCGUUGCAGCAACAGUUGCAGCAACAGUUCGCGAUGUUCCAGCAAGCAAAUCCCGCAGCAGCGGGCCAGCUUCCGGCGCAGGCGCAAUUCUUCUUACAGAAUCAGGGGCUGUUGCAGAGCGGUGGCUACACCUCAAGACCCAGUCAUCCCCGCUCACAGUCCAUGCAGGUGCAGCAGGCAGUGGCGCAGGCAGCCCAGCAGCUGCAAGCUCUGCAAAAACAACAGGCACUUCAGGGCGGCGGAGGUCUGGUUGGUCGAGGUUUGACGCAACAAAGGUCACCGCCGCCUCCUGGCACCCCGCCAGCGGUGAAACAACCACCGACGAGGCUGGAACCGUCGCCUGAAGAGACGACGGAUCUAGAGGAGCUCGAGCAGUUCGCGAAAACGUUCAAGCAAAGAAGGAUCAAGCUCGGUUUCACACAGGGCGACGUUGGCCUGGCCAUGGGGAAACUUUACGGGAACGAUUUCUCUCAGACGACGAUCUCGAGGUUCGAGGCGCUGAACCUUUCCUUCAAGAACAUGUGCAAACUCAAGCCCCUACUGCAGAAAUGGCUGGAGGAUGCAGAUAAUUCCUUGAACAACCCCAAUUCCCUUUCCAAUCCACUCACCACCCCGGAAGCGAUCGGCAGGCGGCGGAAGAAGAGGACCUCGAUAGAGACCAGCGUGAGGGUGGCGCUGGAAAAGGCGUUCAUGCAGAACCCGAAACCUACUUCAGAGGAGAUCACCGUGUUGGCGGACAGUUUGGCGAUGGAGAAAGAAGUUGUCCGAGUGUGGUUUUGCAAUAGACGGCAAAAAGAAAAGAGGAUCAAUCCACCCACAGCAGCAAUGGGAAGCCCAACGAUGGCCUCCCCAGCGCCCUCGGUCUUCGCCUCCCUCGCAACAUCCAUGUCUGGUAGUCCUCUAGCUCUAACGACGCAUUCCUCCGGCAUGGGACAUUCUCAUCCCCAUCCGACGCCUCUAAGCUCGCCUCUACCCCUAGCCCUGGUGGCUUCGGCAGGCGGUAACUACCAUCCCCUAACCGGCAAAUCCCACGAGUGA